AUAAUGGAUGGAAGGAAUCAGUCCAUGGUAUCAGAAUUUGUGCUUUUGGGACUUUCCCAUUCACAAGAUCUUCAGGUCUUCCUCUUCAUAAUAUUUCUGAUGUUUUAUCUGCUCAUUGUGUCUGGAAAUAUUGUCAUAAUGGUCUUAAUCGCUAUUGACCGCAAUCUCCAUUCCCCAAUGUAUUUCUUUUUGGCCAACCUGUCCUUUGUUGAUAUGUGGCUUUCCUCAGUCUCCACUCCUAAGAUGAUUGCAGACUUUCUCAGAAAAAACAAGACUAUUUCCUUUGCAGGCUGCAUGUCCCAGGUCUUCUUUGCCCAUUGCAUUGGUGCAGGAGAGAUGGUGCUGCUGGUGGUAAUGGCUUAUGACCGCUAUGUGGCCAUCUGCAAACCACUUCACUACUUCACCAUUAUGAACCUGAAAAGAUGCACUGGGUUGGUGUUGACUUCCUGGACCAUUGGUUUUGUGCAUGCCCUGAGUCAGCUUGUGGCAGUGUUACAGGUGCCUCUCUGUGGUCCCAUGGAAAUUGAUAGUUUCUUCUGUGACAUACCACUGGUGAUCAACAUAGCCUGCAUGGAUUCCCAUGAUUUGGAUACUUUAGUCAAUGCUGACUGUGGAGUUGUGAUUGUCACCUGCUUCGUUCUGUUGCUCAUAUCUUACACAUAUAUCCUUUUCACUGUUCAUCAGAGUUCUAAUUCUGGUGCAUCUAAGGCCCUGUCCACAUGUACUGCCCACAUCACAGUGGUGAUGAUCUUUUUUGUUCCCUGCAUCUUUAUCUAUGUGUGGCCACUCAAUAUUACCUGGUUAGACAAAUUUCUUGCUGUAUUUUACUCUGUUUUUGCACCUCUUCUAAAUCCAGCUAUUUAUACACUGAGAAAUAAAGAAAUGAGAAAUUCUAUGAAGAGAUUAAAAAGUUAUUUCAUGAAUAAAAAGGUAAAUACAUAUACCCAGAAAAAUUGCUAUAAAUACUUAAAAUUUACAUUUUGCUAA